AAAAUAAAGAAAAGAAAUCAUCUCGUAGAGAUUAAAACAUUUUUACGGUUCUCGUCGUCAUUGCGCUGUGACGAUAACGGGCAGUUGUGAGGUAGUCUCUGGUAAUUCCUGUUGCUGUUCUGAACUGUAUUGAAGGUUUGCAUUUUCCUACCGAAAAUGCAUUUCGUAUUGUGAUAGUCGGUAGCGUUGAGUGUAGUGGCAAAAGAAAACCCGACGCCCUACUGUUGAUCAAUCAAUUAGCCUGGUCGGUGGUUACAAAAUUGAUCUUUGCCUUCACGGUGAACCCGCGUCAAAAAAUGUCGUCGUCCAGACAAGGUCCGCUACAGCAGGAGGCCCCACCAGGCCCGGACGUGUUGUACAUGGAGCGUGAUUUCUACAUCGGGCUGGCGUUAGCUCUGUCCAGCAGCAUUUUCAUUGGUUCAAGUUUUAUCAUCAAGAAAAUUGGGCUUCUCCGGUUAUCGCGCGUUGGUUCGGUGCGUGCCAGUGCCGGCGGGUUUGGCUACCUUCGGGACUGGAUUUGGUGGGCAGGCCUUAUCUGCAUGGGUGUUGGAGAGGCGGCCAAUUUUGCCGCUUAUGCCUUCGCACCGGCCUCGCUCGUAACCCCGCUCGGUGCGCUUAGCGUGAUCGUUGCGGCGGUGUUGGCCUCGAAGUUUCUCAAAGAGCGUCUGAACCUGCUCGGUAAGCUCGGCUGCUUCCUGUGCAUGGUCGGCUCCACCAUCAUCGUCAUCCAUUCGCCGAAGGAAGGAGAAGUGGACGACCUGAAUCUACUCAUGGACAUGCUGCAGGAUCCCACCUUCAUCACGUACGUCGUGCUGAUUCUUUCCCUUUCGCUCUUCAUCGGUUGCUGCAUUGGGCCCCGGUAUGGCCAUAAGCACGUGGCCGUGUACAUUCUGCUCUGCUCAGCCAUCGGUAGCCUGACGGUGAUGUCCUGCAAGGCGCUUGGGCUUGCGCUGCGCGACACACUUUCCGGCAAGUCGAACGACUUUGGCAACUGGCUCCCGUACUUCCUGAUCAUCGUGACGGUCGUUUUCGUCGGCAUACAGGUGAAUUACCUCAACAAGGCGCUGGAUAUCUUCAACACCAGCAUCGUAACGCCGAUCUACUACGUCAUCUUUACCACGCUCGUCAUCACGGCUUCGGCCAUCCUGUUCAAAGAGUGGCGCCGCAUGCGUGCGGAAGACAUCAUUGGCGAUCUGUGCGGAUUCUUCGUCGUUAUCGUCGCCGUGAUCUUGCUGAACGCGUUCCGGGAGAUGGAUAUCAGUUUGAACGAUGUAAAGGGAAUUAUGCGCCCCAAGCGGGAGCUGCUGCACUCGCACAAGAGCAGUGGUGGAUCGUACGAGGACUAUCUGAACGAAAAUGACGAACGGGGACCGUUGAAACCGCAGUACGGAACAAAUUAUUUAAACGUGUAGAUAGAGCAGGUACGGCGGACGAGCAACCGAACAUCACUUUGUGAAUAGAAUUGAAUUUCAUUAAAUUAUAAAACGACCAAAAAUUAACACAUUUUUUUUAAAUAGAGUUACAAUACACGUUUAUUAGUAAUGCAAUGCGAAUGCGUAGAAACUGGAAAGAACCGGAAUACAUUUCAGCUUCUUUUUCUUC